UUUUCUCUUCCUAACUUUUCUCCCCAACUUCUCUGUUCAUCGUUUUCUCUCUCUAUUUAUAAAUGCUAUAUUCACAUAUUAAUAUCCUCUGAAUCCAUCUCUACAAAAAAAAAACCCGUUCAAGAUCAAAUCAAGAAACCCAUAUAUUGGAUUUCGAUUUGACAAAAAAAAAAAAAAACUCUGGUUUUUUCUUUCAAUUUGAAGGGUUUAAGGCUUCUCGGGGAGGGAGAAAAAAUGGAGACUUUUUGUGGGUUUCAGAAGGAAGAAGAGCAGAUGGAUUUACCUCCUGGGUUCAGGUUUCAUCCAACAGAUGAAGAACUCAUAACUCACUAUCUCCACAAGAAGGUUCUGGACAUCAGUUUCUCAGCUAAAGCAAUCGGCGAAGUUGAUUUGAACAAAUCCGAGCCAUGGGAGUUACCAUGGAUGGCAAAAAUGGGUGAGAAAGAAUGGUACUUUUUCUGUGUGAGGGACAGAAAGUAUCCGACCGGUUUGAGGACUAACCGGGCAACUGAAGCCGGUUAUUGGAAGGCAACUGGGAAGGAUAAGGAGAUUUACCGAGGGAAGUCGCUUGUUGGGAUGAAGAAGACACUUGUUUUCUACAGAGGAAGAGCUCCUAAAGGUCAGAAAACCAAUUGGGUGAUGCAUGAGUAUCGGCUUGAAGGAAAAUUAUCUGCCCAUAACUUGCCUAAAACCGCAAAGAAUGAAUGGGUGAUCUGUAGGGUGUUCCAGAAGAGUGCCGGAGGGAAAAAGAUCCCGAUUUCGAGCCUAAUCCGAAUCGGUUCACUCGGAACCGACUUUAGCCCUUCGCUUUUGCCCUCUUUAACCGAAUCUUCGCCUUACAACGAUAAAACCAAAACAGAACCGGUCUACGUGCCCUGCUUCUCCAACCAAACUGAUCAAGCCCAAGGAACUACACUCAAUUGCUUCAGCAGCCCUGUUCUUAACUCGAUCCAAGCCGACAUUUUCCAAAGGAUUCCACUCUACCAAACUCAGUCCCUCCAGGUUUCCGGUAAUCUACAAAGCCCGAUUCUCGCUCAAGAACAUUCGGUUCUACAGGCUAUGAUUGAUAACAACACAAGGCAGAGUCUCAAAGCGAUGAGUGUCUCACAAGAAACCGCAGUUUCCACUGACAUGAACACUGAUAUUUCGUCGGAUUUUGAAUUCAGUAAGAGACGAUUCGAUGCUCAAGAAGAUCCGUCUUCCUCCGCUGGACCGGUUGAUCUUGAACCUUUCUGGAAUUACUGAAGACUCAAGAGUCUCAUGCCCACUAAUUUACUGUCUUAAAGAAAGUAAGAAAACCUUUUCACCUUUUAGUGUGGUGUGCUUAAAGUUUGUAUAGAUUAUUUACCAUCUCAACUUCCACUAUAUACUAUACUCAAAACAAACUUAAAAAUUAUAAUCUGGUACUUGCUAGAGAGGAGAGUCUAUUUGGGUAUAUUUAUCAACAUUACUUAUAAUAUAUAUACACCUUAAAAGCCUAUUGGGUUAUUUUUUCCCUUUUGCCAUUGGUUUGUCUUUAAAUUCUGAAAGUCAUUCUUAAAAAAAGUUUGUAUUUUAAUACUAUACUUGGUGAAUAGAAAUCGGCCAUUUUCUCUAAUAAAC